AUGAAGACAAAGUACGAGUGGGGGAAGCUCGUUAUAAAAGACAAAAGGAUGAACAAGCCCCAGAAGGAGAACAAGUCCCUCAAAAGUGUUCUAGAAACCACAGAGGUUGACUCUUUGGUCGAGGCAGCGGAAAUCAUAGAGUACGACUUCACGCAAAACACGUCCAUAAAAGAGCUUACGAAGAUGCACGCGCCCGAAACAAGCAUAAGAAUCCCGCAGAAGCCCUCCGGCGUGCUGGAGAAAGAGGAGUACAAAAACGAGGAGAGAAAGCUCUUCAACAUGUGGAAGCUCAGCAUGAAUGCGCUUCUUAGCAAAAAAGGCGUUAUCACCCCGUACGAGAGAAACUUGAACGUGUGGAGACAGCUGUGGUUUACGCUGGAAAAUAGCGACUUGAUUGUGCAGAUUGUUGAUGCGCGUAAUCCGCUGCUUUUCUACACCGAGGAUGUUCUGCGCGCAGCUCCCAGCAAAAAGCACUUUCUGCUGCUGAACAAGUCCGACCUUCUAACAGAAAAGCAGAAAGCCCUUUGGAGCGCAUACUUCACAGAAAAAGGGGUGAGCCACGCCUUCUACUCUACGCUGCAGGACAGCUCCGACGACCUUAUGCAGCAGUGGUCCGGCAUUCUCGGGGAGUCUGCUCGCAUUGGAAUGAUAGGAUAUCCGAACGUGGGGAAGAGUUCGACCAUAAACUCGCUUUUCAAGAAGAAGGUGGUGAAAACCAGCAUCAUCCCGGGAAAGACAAAAAACAUCCAGACUCUGCAGCUGGACGAAAAAAUAGUCUGCGACUGUCCAGGGCUGGUAUUUCCCACUUUUGUGGCGCAGAAGGAGGAUCUCCUGCUAAACGGAAUUCUUUCGCUCGACCAAACAAGAGACAUCCGGGACUGCCUGAAGGUAAUUGUAGAUAGAGUGGGCAUACGCAGAAUGUGCUACCUUACAAAAGUCAUAGAGUUUGUGAACGACUCGAGGCGGCCGCAGGAGGAAAACUUCGUCCACUUCCUGAAAAAGGCAACUGGGUGUAUGGAGGAGGGAAAGCUGCUAAAGAUGAUUAUACGCCAGUACAUUGAGGGCCACAUUAGGUACGUGCAUCCUGUGCCAGGCCACGACCCAGAGGAGUUCAACCGAGAAAACCACACAGUUCCGGACUCGUACCGCAUUGACGAAGCAGUCAGCUAUGCGUGGUACCAGAAACAGCAGGAGGAGAAGAAAAAGAAGGAAAUGCGCACCAAGCCCGAAGAGUUGAUGACCUCGAAAAAACACUACCUUAAGAGGGGCAAGGAAAGAGAGUUCAAAGUAAAAAGAUAG